GUCAAAGGAGAAUGAAAGAUUUGCUUUGGAGAGGACAGGAAAGGACACCAGCGCGGCCGCAGUCCACUUAAUUAGCUGCAAUUACGCGAUACCCCUUGCUACAUAAUGCAGCCGGGAGCCAACUGGAGCAGCAGCGAAAGCGACCGCCGGAUUGACAGGCGGUUCUGGGGGGUUUCGCCGGUUCAGCUCCAAGGUCCCCGAUUCCGUCGAGCCGAAGACCCCUCGUGUUUGGCGUGGCGGCUGCUGUUCAUUCUUUUUUGCUGGUCUCUCCUUUUUCCCUUUUUUUUUCCUGGGUUGGGGUGGGGGGGGGUGCUGGUAAAUUUGUGAGGACUUCUUUUUGGUGUGAUUUUGGUUUUUUUUUUUACUUGCACAGGCUCAGCUACUGUCGUUUCCUUUCCUCCUAGUUUCAAUCUGUUUGGAAUCAUGGUUAAUUCCUGUCCAAUUAAAGGGGAACCAUUCGUCAAUUUUUUGUUCUUUAACGCUUUUGUACUGGAGUUCUUCGUUCUUGCACGAUUUCUCCCAAUUUUGAUGUUUUCAACUUUUUGCAAUUAAAAGUUUGUUUUUCCCUAUUCGUUGGGGGGAUAAUAUUGGGGUUUUGGCGGGUGCGUUGAAAUGGUAAGCGGGAAUUUGCUUUACCGGAGGAAGCGCUCGUGGCGUGCCGAUGAGCUUGUGAGCAAGAACACCCUGCAAUUGCUGGACUUUGAUGAUGGCUCACCACCAGAGCAUGCAUGGAGAAGGAAACUAAGCAGUCAUGCUAAUAGAUUGAAGGAGUUCAAUGUUACAUUCAGAGAAGCAAUUAGAAUGAUGAAACUUGGUCUCCGGCUUUGGUCAUAUAUCCGGGAAGAAGCUUCUCAUGGAAGGAAAGCGCCAAUUGAUCCAUUCACUAGGGAGAGCAACAAACCCUCAGCCUCACAAGGAGUACCUCUUGGUGGGAUGGGGAGUGGUAGCAUUUCAAGAGGCUUUAGGGGGGAAUUCAAGCAUUGGCAGAUAACUCCAGGUUCUUGUGAAAUGUCACCUGUGAUGGCAAAUCAAUUUUCGAUCUUUGUCUCUCGAGAAGGAGGAAAAAAGAAAUACGCUUCAGUUUUGGCCCCUGGUCAACUUGAUGGUUUGAAGAGAUCUAGCGAUGAUGGUAUAUCGUCCUGGGAUUGGAAAUUGAAGGGUGAUCGUUCGACCUACCAUGCUUUGUUCCCUCGAGCAUGGACUGUUUAUGAUGGUGAACCAGAUGCUGAACUGAAAGUAUCUUGCCGCCAAAUAUCUCCAUUUAUUCCCCACAACUAUCAGGAGAGCAGUCUUCCUACCUCUGUUUUUGUAUAUACUCUAGUGAAUACGGGAAAGGAAAGGGCAAAAGUUAGCCUAUUAAUGACUUGGGCGAACUCUACAGGAGGACUUUCACAUCAUUCUGGAGGUCAUGUAAAUGAGCCAUUCAUAGGAGAAAAUGGAAUAUCUGGCGUUCUUCUACAUCACAAGACAGCCAAUAAUAAUCCUCCUGUAACAUUUGCAAUUGCGGCAUGCGAAAACCAAAAUGUAAAUAUCACAGUAUUGCCUGCUUUUGGGCUUUCUGGAGAAAGUUCUGUUACAGCCAGGGAAAUGUGGGGCACAAUGGUCCAGGACGGUUGCUUUGAUCGAGAUAAUUACAGUGCUGGUGCCAGCAUGCCUUCUUCACUGGGUGAUACAGUUUGUGCAGCAGUUUCUGCUUCCACCUGGGUUGAACCACAUGGAAGAUGUACUGUCGUAUUUGCGUUGGCUUGGUCUUCUCCUAAGGUUAAAUUUAAAAAGGGAAGUACAUACUACAGGAGAUAUACAAAGUUCUAUGGAACUUCGCCAAGAUCAGCUAUAAACUUGGUACAAGAUGCUUUGAUGAAGUAUAAGCAUUGGGAAGAGGAGAUUGAUAAGUGGCAGACCCCGAUUCUUCGUGAUGAGAGGCUUCCAGAAUGGUACAAGAUUACUCUCUUUAAUGAGUUGUACUUCCUAGUAGCUGGAGGAACUGUUUGGAUUGAUAGUGAAUCUUUGGUGGUUGAUGCUGAUAACAAGUUGAAUUCAAGUCUCUCUGAGGACAGUGAUUUGCCACUUAAUGAUAGCACAUGCAAUUCUACAGUUCCACUUAUUGGUUUAAACCCACAUGAGAUUGAUGACAAAGAAAAUGUUGGGAAGUUUUUGUACCUGGAAGGAAUAGAGUACUUCAUGUGGUGCACUUACGAUGUACACUUCUAUGCCUCUUUUGCUCUUUUGGAUCUGUUUCCUAAGAUUGAACUGAGCAUUCAACGUGAUUUUGCUAGAGCCAUUUUACGGGAAGAUAAAAGUCGAGUCAGAUUUCUUGCUGAUGGUGCCUGGGGGAUUCGUAAAGUAAUCGGUGCUGUCGCCCAUGACCUUGGAGCACAUGAUCCUUGGCAUGAAUUGAAUGCUUACAAUAUACAUGACACAAGUAGAUGGAAAGAUCUUAAUCCCAAGUUUGUGCUCCAGAUUUACAGGGAUUUUGCUGCGACAGGUGAUAUGUCAUUUGGCAAGGAUGUCUGGCCUGCAGUUUGUACUGCUAUGGAAUAUAUGGAACGGUUUGAUCAUGAUGGUGAUGGUAUGAUUGAGAAUGAUGGAUUUCCCGAUCAAACCUACGAUGCUUGGACAGUUCAAGGAGUAAGUGCGUAUUGUGGUUGCCUGUGGCUUGCUGCCCUUAAAGCUGCAGCGGCACUGGCCCGCAGCCUUGGACAUGAUGACUAUGCUGAGAGGUACAUGACAAGAUUUGCAAAGGCUAAAUCCGUUUUUGAAGCCAGGUUAUGGAAUGGCUCGUACUUCAAUUAUGACAGUGGAACAAGUUAUAAUAGUCGCUCGAUCCAGGCAGACCAGCUUGCUGGACAAUGGUACACUGCAUCAUCAGGGUUGCCUCCUCUAUUUGAUGAGGAUAGGAUAAAAUGCACGCUUCAGAAGAUAUUUGACUAUAAUGUGAUGAGGGUGAAAGGAGGACGUAUGGGAGCAGUGAAUGGUAUGCAUCCAAAUGGGAAGGUAGAUGAAACUUGUAUGCAGUCAAGGGAAAUCUGGACAGGAGUAACAUACAGUUUAGCAGCAACGAUGCUGCUCCACGGAAUGGAGCAUCAGGCCUUCACUACUGCAGAAGGCAUUUAUAUUGCAGGAUGGUCUGAAGAGGGCUAUGGGUACUGGUUCCAAACUCCAGAAGCAUGGACAAUUGAUGGCCACUAUAGAUCACUGAUAUAUAUGCGCCCCCUUGCAAUCUGGGCAAUGCAAUGGGCCUUGUCCCCUCCGAGGACGAUACUCGAGGCGCCAAAGGUAAAUACAAUGGACAGGGCUCACAUUUCUCCAGGCACGUUCCAGUUUCUUCAGGAUAGCGUCAGGAAGAUCACGCCCAAGAAUGUCUGUUUUGGGAGCAACGUAUUUAAUUGUGAUUGUUGAUGUGAUUAGAUAAUUUUUUAUCUCACUCUCGUUGUUAGUGCAUGUAAAAAUAUUGCAGAGUCUGGCGUGUGAUCUUUUCGUGUUGUAAGCUUGCGGCCUUAUGGUGUCCCACUCUCCACGGGCAGUGCGCCUAACUUUGUACAAUGUGUACAAAAAAUGUAUAGGAUCCUGUGUGCUAUUGUCACGUGCAGUUACAGAUGUUGGUUACGUUCUUCAAUAUACAAAGACUAGUACAAUACUUAUGCGUUGCAAUGGUUUCUAAAUUUUACACAUUGUUAAGCU